CGGGGGCACAGUCGGCCGGCCUGCUGCCCGGCAUGGGAAGCUCUGCGCCGUGACCGGCCUUUGCGAGCCCCGCUGCCCACGGGAGUGCGGACACCAUGGCCCCCCCUCAACGCUCCCGGGUUCCGCUGGAGUUCGGGGGGCCCCUGGGCGCCGCGGCGCUGAUGCUGCUGCUCCCCGCGACCCUGGUGCACCUGCUGCUGGCCGCGCGCUCGGCCCCCGCGCACCUGCUGGCGCCGCCCCCCGCGCUGCCGGCCCCGGGGGCGCUGUGGAGCCCGUGGGCGCUGCAGCUGUGCCUCGGCUGGCUCGGCCUGCAGGUGGCGCUCUACCUGCUGCCGGCGCGCAAGGUGGCCGAGGGGCUGCAGCUGAAGGACAAGAGCCGCCUGCUGUACCCGAUCAAUGGCUUCCAGGCCCUGGUGCUCACGGCGCUGCUGCUGGGCCUGGGGCUGUGGGCCGGGCUGCCCCUCGACGCCCUGGCUGACAUGCUGCUGCCCUUGGCUUUCGCCGCCACCCUCACCGCCUUCGUCGUCAGCAUCCUGCUCUUCGUCAAGUCUCUGAUGGCCCACCCUUCAGCCCUGGCACCUGGGGGUAACUCAGGCAACCCUGUUUAUGACUUUUUCCUGGGACGGGAGCUGAACCCACGGAUCAUCUCUUUCGACAUCAAGUAUUUCUGCGAGCUGCGGCCGGGCCUCCUGGGCUGGGUCCUUAUCAACCUGGCCCUACUGAUGCAGGAGGCAAAACUAAGGGGCAGCCCCUCCCUCGCCAUGUGUCUGGUCAACGGCUUCCAGCUCCUCUACGUGGGCGACGCACUGUGGCACGAGGAGGCCAUCCUCACCACCAUGGACAUCAUGCACGACGGCUUCGGCUUCAUGCUGGCCUUCGGGAACCUGGUCUGGGUACCCUUCACCUACAGCCUACAGGCCCAGUUCCUGCUGCACCACCCACAGCCGCUGGGGCUGCCACUGGCGGCUGGCAUCUGCCUCCUUAACGCUGUUGGCUACUACAUCUUUCGAGGGGCCAAUUCCCAGAAAAACACCUUUCGCAAGAACCCUUCUGACCCCAGCGUGGCUGGACUCGAGACCAUCCCUACGGCCACGGGCCAGCAGCUGCUGGUGUCCGGCUGGUGGGGUGUGGUCCGUCACCCUAACUACCUGGGGGACAUCAUCAUGGCUCUGGCCUGGUCCCUGCCCUGCGGGGUGACCCACCUGCUGCCCUACUUCUAUCUUCUCUACUUUAUCGCGCUGCUGCUGCACCGGGAGGCCCGGGACGAGCUCCAGUGCCUGCAGAAGUACGGCCUGGCCUGGCAGGAGUACUGCCAGCGCGUGCCCUACCGGAUCGUGCCCUACGUCUACUGACGCACAGCCACCGGCCGGGCAGGAUCCCUCCCUAGCAUGGGGGCUGGCGUGGUCCACUGCCGGCUGUUGUGAGCAAUGAAGCAGGGCUGCCGGCGCUUCUCCUUUGCUAUCUGGUUCUUAGCCUCUCAGUCUCUCUGUCCUGUCAAGUAAGAAAGUAAAGGCCCAGUAAAUAAAGGCCGCUGGUACCAGUGGA